UCGUACUCGCAUCCGCUGCAAUGACGAAGGGAACGGGGAGUUUCGGAAAGAGGAGGAACAAGAGUCACACUCUCUGUGUGAGAUGUGGCCGUCGCAGUUUCCACAUCCAGAAGAGCCGUUGCUCCGCCUGUGCUUACCCCGCCGCUCGCAAGAGAACCUACAACUGGAGUGUGAAGGCAAUCCGUAGAAAGACCACAGGAACUGGAAGGAUGAGGUAUCUUCGCAAUGUGCCUCGCAGGUUCAAGACCGGUUUCAGAGAAGGUACUGAAGCCAAGCCAAGGAACAAGUCAGCAGCUUCAUCAGCUUAAACUCUAGAUUUAUGGCUUAUGAGUUUGUUUGCAAGAUCACUCUGUUUUAUUAUUCAGUAUCUGAUUACAAUUUCUCUUUUUGGUGUGUUAUCUACUCUCUAUAUAAACUUUUGGACUUGAAUGAGAUUUCUGUUAAGUUUGCAA